AUGAAAUACGAUACUUUUGAAGUUUUGAAUGAAGUAUUUUUGAACUUCACAAGCUUCUUCAAAUGGGUUCACAUAGUGUUGGAUCAGAACAUGUCGCUGAAAGUGACUCAUGACAUUGCUGAAAGUCUCCAAACCGGCAUCGAAUCACUUCCGGAAAUCGAACGAGCCUUCGUCCACUGUGACUAUGAAUUCGAGCAUCAUCCACAAGACGAGCACAAAGCUGUUUGA